GGGAUCACCCCGGUCGGGAGCCCGGUGCGGGAGUCGGACAAGAUAAGAACUGCAACACAGCUUUUCCUACUGGACCUGACCAGUGUCAAUAAUGGCAAGACUCYCAAGUGGUGCACCAUAUACCCUGUGGAUCCUUUUCUUUUCAUAUACAGCAAAUGAAGUUACGACUGCAGGACACAUACAAGAAUUUGCAUGCUUUACUGACUAUGACAAAGAGCUGGUUUGUCACUGGAAGGUGCCUGAAAAAAUGAAUUGCUCCAAAGAAUUCCUGCUCUGGUACAGAAAGGAAGAUUCUUCUGUGUCAAACAUAUGUGUUCCUGAGAAUGAAAAAAMCAGUUUAAAUUGCACUUGCACAAUAUAUGAAGAUUUGUUUGUAUCAAGCCUCACAUAUAUUCUAGCCCUACAGUUCAAUGGGACUGAUGUGUGGAAUUACAAUGUUACACCAGCCCUUGUUGUUAAGCCGAGGGCCCCCAAAAAUCUUGCCAUUGAGAAAGCUGGAAAUGGUAACUUCAAUCUGAGUUGGGAGGAGAGCUGCUCUCCUUCAUCCCUGCUSUCUGGACAGCCAGUCAUCUAUGAAGUGAAAUACUGGAGGAAGCAGCACCCGACAGAGGUUUCCAUAAAAGCAAUUAACUACCAGGCCAAAAGCUUUGAGAUAACUGCAAGCUCCUUGAAGAGAGGCUAUGAUUAYGUUGCAAGUCUCAGGUGCAACUACACGGAUUACCCAGCCUACUGGAGUGAAUGGAGUGAAGAAGUUGAAUUUCAUUGUGAUUACCAGAUGACAGCUGAAGAUGUUCUGCGGAUGGUUGUGCCCACAUCCUGCAUACUGAUCAUGGCAGGAGCCAUCAUGUGUUACUUCUGUUUUACCAAAGUGAAGAAAGAAUGGUGGGAUCAAAUCCCAGAUCCUGCAAAGAGCCAUUUGGUUGUAAAAAAUGUCAAGUUUUCAGUUUUGUCCUACUUUGAUGAAAUUAAGUUCCCUUUCCAUGACUUAAAGCAGAGUCAUAUGGAACAACAAAUAAGUUGCAAGAACUGUCUGGCUCAAAGUUUGUCAAGCCAAGACUUCAAGGGAAAAGAUAACAUCACAAAUGUUGAGAAAUCGUGCAGUUGCCACAGCAAGUCUGGGGAGUGGUUGCCAAAAGGCAGCAGUGCAGUUUUAACYCCUGAUACAAUUCCAGUUGUAGAGUCUAUAGAAAUCCUCGAGUGUGUAACAGACAGUGAGACUCAGAGCCCAGAAGAAACUGGCAAUGAGAUCACCGUGUUUGAGCCUUGUGAGRGCAGCAGCAGUGCUUUCAGAGUGCACCCUGAACACAAUGAGUUACUAGCUAACAUGUUUGAUGCGCUCCUGGCAGAUGAAAAUAACAUGCAAGACAAUAAAGGCCAAAACAUCCUCACAGGUGAGAGGAAGACCUUUGAGAGUGUUGGGUCAGAAAAUCCAUCACAGGGAAAUCCAGAAGAAAGUGCAGCCCAGAGUCAGCAAUCAUGUGAUGUUUCUCAUACAGCUUCCCUUUUCACCAAAGCUUCUCAAGAUGACUACAAUUGUAGUACAGCCAGCAAAGAGUCAGAACUAUCAGAAGAAUCCUUUGAAUCUGGCUAUCGGAGCUCCAGUAUCAAUUCUGCUUCUCUGGAUGCAAAAGAUCUUCAACAAACAGUUCAUCAAAGCCUUUUUCUSUGCAGUUCUGAAAGUGAGCUUGACUCUUGUGUCCUGACCCAGGAAYCUACAAAUAAAUCAUUGUUUGGGACCAAAACAGACAGAGUAAACAACCCUGCAGACAGGAAUUUUGAUACCCUUCUGUCUGCACCCAUGGGACUCUGUGGUUCUGCCUACAAGAGCUGUGACACCCUUUUGUCUCCRUCCCUGGAGCCCUGUGGCUCUGCCUACAGGAGCUUUAAUACGCUCGUGUCUGCCUGCCAGGAACCAAGCAGCUCUGCAUACAAGAGCUUCAGUGCCCUCAUGUCUCAGUCCAUGGCUAACAGCAGCCUGACUCCUUGCUCUGAAAGCCUGCAUCCCUCACCAGCUUUGAGACCUUUGGCAGAGACACCAGAACACACCUGCAGAGAUCRAAUUGCUCAGCCUACUAGCAAUCAGACAUGUUACAACAACUACAGAUCUCCCUGCCCUGAGUCUGAUUUUCCGGAUGCCUGUUCAGAACAUGCUGAUUUUCCAUCUUUCUCUACACAGGYAAAUGAAGGUGCUUCAGCUCUCCUGUCAGACGAAGAAAUACAUAAGCAAGUAAUAUAUCAAAAUGUUCAAGGGAAAUCCAAUAUACUUUCUUGCCCCAUUGCACCCCAGCCRUCUGGUUAUCAGCCUUUUGGUAGUGCAGGUAAAUGUAAUGGUCUGUACUGUGACAAUGAGGUUAUCUCUGGGUCACUGUAUGAAUCCUUCAUUAGUCUGUGCAACAACCAGAGUGARGCAUCUGCAGACACUGCAGUCUGUGAACCUGGCCCGGGGGUAAAGGACUGUGUGUGUUUGAUUGUUCGGGAUUCUGACUGCAACAUUGUACCAGGUUUAGCUUCUAAUGAGAAUGACACACAGACUAGUGAUGGCAGCCCUUGGAUCAACAGCUCUAGUGAGCUGUCUGGUGAUAGCAACGAUGAAAAUACCAGCAGAGAUGAACAGCUGWUGCAUUUGUUAGAGAUGAAAUGUCAAGAUUUAAACAGCAGAGAAAGACCUACAAAGGGGAGAAAAUGGAAAACCUUUAACCCUACUGGUGAAGUAAUGCAAGAGGGCGGUGAUGACAGACUAAAUACUGACUUCCACUACCACUCACACAACCACUUGAAGGAACUUGGAGAUGCAGGGGGAAGUGAAGAGGUGCUGAAGCAUGCAGAAGGGAGGAGGUGUGGCUCAGCAGCCAGCUUACCAGCAUCAUUGGACAGUGUUGGACUAAACUUAGACAGAAAAACUGCAGAGCCCCUGGAGCUCCAUGUCUCAGACAAYAUGUURCCUUGUCAUCUUGUGAGUAACUCCYGUCCUGAUUCUCACACCRUUCACAGUGAGGACUCCAGACUGGCAGUUGCAGUUAAAAAAGGAGCAAUAGAACUGUUAAGGGAWAACAGCAGGAAGAAUGAGAAAAAAAUGAAACUUAGGCAAGCCCUUGCCCAAGAGGACAACUGCUAUAUGGARGUAGCCUAGCCACAUUUGCCAAGACUGAACCAGUCUUUGUAAAUAAACUGUAUGGCUAGUUGA